AUGAUUCAGAAGGUCCUGCAGAAGUUCCAGACCGAGAAAUUUGAUGUCCUGCUGAAGGCCGUUGGGGAUACCCCAAUAAUGAAGAGUAAGAAGUGGACUAUAGAGAGGACUCGGACGGUGCAAGGUCUUAUGGACUUCAUCAAGAAGUACCUGAAGCUGGACGCAUCGGAACAGAUGUUUAUCUAUAUCAAUCAGUCGUUUGCUCCAUCACCGGACCAAGAAGUAGGAAUUUUAUACGAGUGCUUUGGCAGCGACGGAAAGCUCGUUUUACAUUACUGUAAAUCACAAGCUUGGGGCUGAAGAACGGCCAGCGCUAUCUCUUCUUUUUUUUAUUGCUUCUGAUUCUAGAAGACAUUUAUGGAUGUGUUGCCUUAAUGUAGUCAUCCGGGGUCCAGACCUCACUGAGAAGGCUCUGUUUCCAUUCCAUGCCAAAGA